UCGUUCUGACAGACAGGUGAACGGAGCGACGACGCCAUGUUGAGCGAAAACGGAAGUGUAUUACUCUGCUCUUAAAAACAUCUUUAGAAUUUUUUUUUUUUUGAAGAGGAGCCGGACGCUUUAGAAGUAAAACCUACCCAGAAGGCAACUGAAUUGAAUUCUUCUUUUAUUUACGCUUCAGUUAGGGACCAUCCUCUUUGUGGGACUCUUUUAGUGCAACUUUACAGUGACUGACAGCGUCAAAUCACUUCACGGGGCGAUCGCAAGUUACAGAUCGGGACUUGAAGAUGCCGCUGGCGCAGUUUGCAGACCCCUGGCAGAAGUUGCCUGUGGGGCAUAUGGAGAAUGAGGAUGACUCCAUGGUGGAUGAUGAUGCUUCUGUUCAGGCUUUGGCAUGCUGCUCCUCUGCAGAGACACCAGCUAUCCAGGCUUCUCUUUAACAUCCUCUGAUGAGGGCUUGGUCAAGGAAAUCAGCAUCACUCACCACGUCAAGGAGGGCUCGGAAAAAGCGGACACACGACAGUUUGAACUCUGUAAGGUGCUGGGCCAAGGCUCUUUUGGCAAGGUGUUCCUUGUCAGGAAGAUAACUGGGCCCGAUGCAGGACAGCUCUAUGCUAUGAAAGUGCUAAAGAAAGCUACAUUGAAAGUACGAGAUCGAAUACGUACAAAGAUGGAGAGAGACAUACUAGUUGAGGUCAACCAUCCUUUUAUUGUUAAACUGCACUAUGCGUUUCAGACAGAAGGCAAACUCUAUCUGAUUCUGGACUUUCUCAGAGGAGGAGAUCUCUUCACUCGCCUGUCCAAAGAGGUGAUGUUUACAGAGGAGGAUGUAAAGUUCUACCUUGCAGAGCUGGCUUUGGCCUUGAACCAUUUACAUGGACUGGGAAUCAUCUACAGAGAUCUCAAACCAGAAAAUAUUCUUUUGGAUAAUGAUGGACACAUCAAACUUACAGACUUUGGGUUGAGUAAAGAGUCCAUUGAUCAUGAGAACAAGGCGUAUUCGUUCUGUGGUACGGUGGAAUACAUGGCUCCAGAGGUGGUCAACCGCAGAGGUCACACUCACAGUGCUGAUUGGUGGUCCUACGGUGUGCUAAUGUUUGAAAUGCUGACCGGAACGCUUCCAUUCCAAGGGAAAGACCGAAAGGAGACCAUGACAAUGAUCUUAAAGGCCAAGCUAGGCAUGCCUCAGUUUCUUAGUGCAGAGGCCCAGUCUCUGCUCCGCAAUCUGUUCAAGAGGAAUCCUGGCAACCGCUUGGGAGCCGGACCUGAUGGAGUAGAAGAGAUCAAAAGACAUUCGUUCUUCAGCACAAUUGACUGGAAUAAAUUAUACAGAAAGGAAGUGACUCCUCCCUUUAAACCAGUCAUCCAGAGGCCAGAUGACACGUUUUACUUUGACUCUGAGUUCACUGCCAAAACCCCACGAGACUCUCCUGGUAUCCCUCCAAGUGCCAAUGCCCAUCAGCUCUUCAGAGGGUUUAGCUUUGUUGCCCCUGGAGUAGAAGAGGAGAGCCAGCCGCCCAUUCAGAGCAACCUCAACAUGAGCGGCAUACUGCAGCAACCCCACCGGAGCACGCUUCAGUUCAUGGAUGUAUAUGAUGUUAAAGAAGACAUUGGUGUGGGCUCUUACUCCAUCUGCAAGCGCUGUGUGCACAAGAGCACAGGCAUGGACUAUGCAGUCAAGAUUAUAAGUAAGGAUCGGAGAGAUCCAACAGAGGAGGUUGAGAUUCUGCUGCGUUAUGGACAACAUCCCAACAUCAUCACUCUGAAAGACGUAUUCGAUGAUGGGCGAUCGGUGUACCUGGUCACAGAGUUGAUGAAAGGUGGAGAACUACUGGAUAAAAUCCUCCGACAAAAGUUUUUCUCUGAGAGAGAGGCCAGUGCUGUCCUUCACACCAUUACAAAGACUGUUGAAUAUCUGCAUGCCCAAGGGGUAGUACACAGAGACCUAAAGCCCAGUAAUAUCCUGUACGUGGACGAAUCAGGCAACCCAGAAUCAAUCAGGAUCUGUGAUUUUGGUUUUGCCAAACAACUCCGCGCAGAAAAUGGACUGCUGAUGACACCAUGCUACACUGCUAACUUUGUUGCUCCAGAGGUCCUGAAGAAGCAAGGCUAUGAUGCAGCCUGUGAUAUCUGGAGUCUUGGAGUUCUCCUUUAUACCAUGCUUACAGGGUUCACUCCGUUUGCUAAUGGCCCAGAAGAUACGCCGGAAGAAAUUCUGGCUCGGAUUGGCAGUGGGAAAUUCUCCCUCUCUGGAGGAUAUUGGAAUUCUGUAUCAUUCGAGGCUAAGGACCUAGUAUCAAAGAUGCUUCACGUUGAUCCUCAUAAGAGAUUGACUGCUGCUCAAGUUCUUCGUCACCCAUGGAUAGUCAACAAGGACCAGCUACCAAAAUACCAACUUAACCGCCAGGAUGCACCUCAUCUAGUGAAGGGAGCAAUGGCAGCCACCUAUUCAGCCCUGAACAGAAAUGUUUCUCCCGUACUGGACCCGGUGGGAUGCUCCACACUCGCUCAGCGCCGUGGCGCCAAAAAGCUGACCUCUACUGCCCUGUGACCAUUCAGAUUUAACCCCAAACUACAAAUGGCACAUAAGUUUGUGAGACGCAUGGCUGUUCUACUGUCGUCAUGGAAUGGCAGCCCAAACCAAAAAAACUAACUUUUUUUUAGUUCUUGUCAUGCAUCAUCAUGUAGAAUAUUAUAAAAAGCUCUUUGGAGAAUAUUAAAUUCAUGUACAAUUGUUUUAUGAAAACUCUAGAAAUGUACUUCAUAUGGGAUUAUAUGUGAAUAUGAAAAUAUUUCUGAGUGUCUGUGUGGAGAUAAUGUAUGAUGUUAAGAGACUAUGAUUCACAGUUUGUUUUCUGUAUUGUGGUGGUGGUGAUGUCUUACCCAGCGAUUACAUGGAGCCGUACUAUUGCUAGUAUUAUUAUAUGAUCAUAGCUGUGCCCACCCUCUUCAAGACAGACCUCACGUGCUGAAAUGGCUUACUCAAUCUUUUCCUUUUGAAAGAAAGAGCUGUCAGUCAGUAAUGUCUCUACACGCAACUUCAGAUGGUGUUUAAACAUGGUGCAGUGUUGAAACCAUUUGUGAAAUCAAAGAGAACUAUGCAAGUAAGCUUACAAUCCUCAUUGUAUGUCCCUAGAGCUGUAGUGUGUCACAAACCCAAGUAUUUUGUGUUGAUAUAGUGUUUUAAUUGGGCAAAGUGGUCCAAAAACCCUUUGUCAUGCACACGUGUCUUAAAGGGCAUUUGAUUUGCAAAAAAGGCAAUCCAAAUAGUGACCUCAUUCUUGAAAUCGUCUUCCUCUCCAGCAGACCAAUACCCUUCAUAUAAGAGCUACUCAUCAGAACUUAUAUGAGAACACUUGUAUGCUGUAUCUUUCAUAAUGGAUAUGGUAACAUUAUGUAGGAGCUGAUGGUAGAUGGAUAUAUAUGGGAGUUUUUUUUUGUUUUGUUUUGUUUUUUUACUGGGAAUGACCAAUAUACUGCUGUCUUACUCUAAGUGAUUCCUAACACUCCUUUUUUGUAUUUCUUGAUGUUCAUUCUCUUCAUGAAAUUAAAGGGAAAUAUGCAGGCUAUAUUAACCAAGAUUGUUCCAAUUUUCUCAAUCAUAAUUUUAAAGACAAUUCAGAAUGUAUUAUUUUUAUACCUGGCAAUGAACUGUUUUUUUUUUAAUGUUUAUGUAUGUCUGUAUGUGAGGCCACAUGUUUGGUGAGACUUGUGCCACAGGCGACGUCUUGUUCUGGAAUUAAUUUACAUUAAUUAGUUAAACUGUUCUUUUUUUAUUGUUGCUGCUGUAUUUUAAUAAUAACAGUGCAAGUGAGAAAUGUCCUAGUGAUCUCUUCUGGCCACUAUUAUAUAACACUGGACAUGUAUUUUUGCAACACAGUUGUGCUUGAGAGAGCAGGUUUUUACCCCUGUAUUAAAAACUAUCUGAUCAAGUUUAAGUAAAAUAAAUCUUGCAGUUCAGUUUUA